CAGAGGCGGAGUUUGACGCAUAUGGAGGAAGUAAAAGAAUGCGCAGUAAAGAUUUGUUUGUUGUGUGGGUGCUUGCUUUCUGCUGAUCGUAUAAUGUAAGGCGGAUAACAUUGUCAAUAACAGGUUUGACAGUUGGCGUAGGUAUAUCAGCAAACUGCUCGUCAUCAUGGCACUGGAUGGAUGUGGCGUCGUCUGCAAGUAUAUCCUCUUCAUUUUCAACUUAAUCUUCGCGGUGGUGGGGAUUGCCCUUUUGGGUCUUGGACUAUGGCUGAGAUUCAGCAACAGCACCAGAGGCAUCUUUGAAAUACAGGAGCUCAACUCAAGUACAUUUGUCAUUGGUGUGACUGUACUGAUUGUUCUCGGUUCAGUGAUGCUGAUUGUGGUCUCAUUUGGAGACUAUGGUGCCUGCAGUGAGAAAACAUGUGCUCUGCAAGUGUUUUCUGGUCUUGUUGCCUUCCUGGCUGGACUUGAAAUAGUUAUUGGAGUGCUGGCUUAUUCGAAGAGCGAUGAGGUUGGGCUGCGGAUUGCAGAGUUCUACAGCAGCUUAUAUGCUCUGUAUGUGUCCAGUGGUGGAGAUCCAGCCAUUGGAGUCAUCCUCACAUUCAUCCACAACGCGCUUCACUGCUGUGGGGUGACAGGUGUCAAGGUAAUCGAGAUUGCACAGAAGACCUGUCCCAAACCAGACGGAUUCAUGGAACACUUAGUCAUGCCUAAUUGUCCUCUAACCAUUGCAACCACCUUUGAUAGUAAGGCAUCACUGGUGAUGGGCCUCUUCGUUGGAACUGAAGUUCUUCUGAUCAUAGCUCUGAUUUGCAGCUCAAUCCUUGUUAAAAAGAUCCGUCUGGCUGUUUCAUCUCCUCAUUACAUCAUCCUGACCACCUCCACUCCUGCUCUGGCUAACCCUCCACCCUCUGCCUCUACCUCCUACCCCUAUCUUGACCAGGACCCUGUCAUCUUUACUCCUCUCACUGUGGCCAACAUCCCUGUGCCUCAUGCUUAGCUUACAACGGUACUGCAUAGAAACUAAAGUCACGCUUCUCUACCUUUCUAAGCAGCUUUGCUCUCACUCACUGCCGCGUGUCCUGGGCUCUUUUUAAAGGAAAAACCCACCUUAAAGAUCUGAGAGUUAAACAAAAAAAGACAACCCCCCCCCCCCUGCAUUCUAUAUAAUGUAUUCUCAGAAUGUCAAACCUCUGAUACCCAACACUUUCAGCAACAGUUGGGGUUAUGACUGUUAUAACUAAACAUAAUUUGAAGUGAUCUUUACUUUAAGAAAAAAAACCCACAACACACUACCCAUUUGUGAUUCUACAGUUCAAGAAAGCACAGACUUGGGUUUUUUCUUCAAGUGCCUUCUUCAUAGUCUUUGUUCUGUGGCUGGUUUAAUCCUGUAGUUAGUAAAAGGGCUGGCAGGGUGUUCACUGCAGCGCUCCUUGUCCCAUCCCUGCUCUUCACUUCCCCUCCUGUGUCUGCAUGAUAGAUCACUGCCCUGGCCUGCUCCGUUACCCUCCUGAAACAGAUCAAGAAAGACCAACGGGACGUCACUGCUUACUAUUCGUCGGUGUACUAAGAAGAGGAGUCCUUUUUGAACCUGCAUUUCCUCCUCUUCAUCUGAAAACAUCAGUGCUGGAAUCAUGAACCGAGCCAGAAAAUGUUUUUUUUUCUGUAUAUGAACUACUGAACUGACCAGCUUUAGGAAAAAAAACAAAACAAAACCGCAUCCUAUAUAUUGCAAUGCAUUCCAAGAAAGUCCAUUUUUCUAUUCAUAGGCAUUACGGUUUACUGUAAAUAAUGGGUGUUGUUGCAACUUCAGUGACACUUUGUUCAGACAGCCAGUAAUUUCAUUGUGUUUAUCAUGCAGUGGCUGCUAUUGAAAUAUGUUGCUUAUAAUCAGCUAACUGUUACAGCAUGUGUGGAGUAAACCUAACUGGACUCUCAAUGUAGGUACAUGAUCAGUGAUCUAUGAUCAACAACAAACCUGUCCGAACCUUUCACACACACACACACACACAAAUGUCAGCAUUACAUUUUAGCUUUUAGUGAAAUAUGCUGUAGCCCUUUCCCACUACUGACUUUUAUCUGGUGCUGGAAGGAGUUCAGUAGAUUUAUGAUGACACCGACUCCUGCACUCGAGGCCAUUAGAAGUCAUUUAGCUCAUUUCCAAAAGAAAAUUCACUCAGCCACUAAUAUGUCACAGCUCAAAACAAAAGGGAUCAUUUUUCUUUAUUUUUUUUAUUUUCCACAAGUCAGUCUGAGGUUAAAUGACUGCAUUAAAACUUUGAAAUGGGAGCCUGCUUUAUAUUACUUGUUGCUCAGCUGUUACUGUAGAAGUUUAGUUUUCAAUGGUGUAGUUUCAUAAGAGUGUGUUUUCUUUUGCACUAGUCAUAUUUUGGAAGAAAAAAAAAACAAAACACACAACAUACCAUUUUUUUUGUUCAUGUGUCUGUGCUCAAGAAUCUGGUUUUGACCAACUCUAUAUGUAAAGUGUCAUGAGAUAACUUUUGUUAUGAUUUGGCGCUAUAUAAAUAAAAUUUGAUUUGUCAGAAGUCCCACAAGGCCAGUAAAUAAUAUCAGGACCAUUUGGAUGCAACAUAUUGUGCAGGCUUUUUGUACAAUUCUGGAUUAGGCUGUUAAGCCAAUACUAAAACAUGUUACCUGAAAAGCUUAAAAGAUGUGAAGCAUUAAAUGCUGCCUUCCUGUAGGGGCCAGUUCAUUACUGGCUGCGCCAAUAUAGUAUAUAUUAGUAAAGGACAGGGUGUUGUCCCACUCAAAAAGUGAAGUGACAAAUUCCUUGUAUUGCUUGUGUAUUGUGUUUUACAGAGAUGUAAAAAUUGCUGUGCAGUUUAAUUACUAAUUUUAGAUAUAAUUCUGUUGAGACAUUCAUCCUCUUCAAAGAUUUGUGUGUGUGUUUUAAUAAAAUGACAAAC